CAGUGUCCUUUUAGAAAAAAAGAUGUGCUACCAAACAAGAAAGAAAGGAAUUGCAGUCAUUCAGUCGAUUAUAAAUACACGGAUAGUAGGCUACUUGCCUGCAUGAAAAGGAAUGAUUGAACGUCUGGAGCCGAAGGACCAGGAUCAAGGGGCACCGACCUGCAGCCGGACGCGUGGACUCAAAGAGGAAGGGGGACGCCGAAGCAACGGCAGGGAAGCUGCCCAGCGGAGGCCGAAUCGCAGUUACUGGGGACAAGCACCAAGGGCAGUGCGGCACUGAACAGACGUAUCGGGGGAAGGCUGCGGGGAGCUGUUCAGUCUACCUUCCCCUCACUUUCCACGGCGUUCUUCACUUCUUACCGUCCCAUUUUUCCACGAAAAACGCUUGAAAACAAUCGCUGUGGCUGUUUUUAUAUUUGAUCGAAUGUUCGGCUUUAUGUUUGUUUUCAAAAUGCUGCCUCUAUUUCGUUUUGCCUACAACCAAGCAUUUGAGCGCAUCUAUGAUGGGCAAUUAAAAGAUUGAUCUGCUCCUCAGACUGAGUGGAAUUCGAAAGGGACUGAUGUCCAUACUGGCCAGGUCUCAUUUGCUCCCUCUGAUUCUGCUUACUCUGCUACUUGUCAGCACCAUGGGCUGCAUUCAGAGCAUCGCAUGUAAGCCGCGUAUCAGACGGGAGAACAUUGUUGUGUACGAGGUAUCAGCCUCUAUUGAUCAGUGUCCAACUGUCAUUGAGGAGAACUCGCCCAUCGUGCUACGUUACAAGACACCUUACUUCAGGGCCUCUGCAGGGAUCGUGAUGCCUCCGGUGCCCCGCAAUGAGACUUGGGUGGUGGGCUGGAUCCAGGCUUGUACACAGAUGGAGUUCUACAAUACAUAUGGUGACAUUGGCAUGUCCAGCUGGGAGUUACCAGAGCUCCGUGAAGGCCGGGUCAAGGCUAUCAGUGACUCUGAUGGGGUCAGCUACCCCUGGUACGGCAACACCACCGAGACUGUCACCCUGACAGGCCCCACCUCCAAGCCUUCAAGACUGACAGUCAGCAUGAAUGACAACUUCUACCCCAGUGUGACAUGGGCUGUGCCCAUCAGCAACAGCAACACGCCCAUGUUGUCUCACAUCACCAGAGACCAGAGCUUCAUCACAUGGCUAGUGGCUAUGAACUCGGUCACUAAGGAGCGUAUUGUGUUGCAGACGGUGCGGUGGAGGAUGCGGGUGGACAUUGCCGUGGACCCUGACAUGCCCCUGGGCUCCCGGGCCUCUCUGGUUGGUCGGCCACACCAGGAGCAGCCCCACAUCCUCAACUACCAGGAGCCCAUCCCCCCUAACGCCCUGGGCCGGCCCAACGCCAAUGACGCCCAGGUGUUGAUGUGGAGGCCCCGGAGAGGGGCGCCCUUAGUGGUCAUACCGCCAAAAUAAGGUCAAAAGUACUGCACCUCCAGAAAAACUGUGAAUUAAUAAAAUAUUUAAGGUUUAGCCAACGACAAAGGCGGAAUGAACCUCCCGCAAGUGUUGUUCCCUUACCUCCAGUCAGUCACGUUGACUAUCCAGUGGGGUUUCCACAGAACUGGAAGUGCCACAGUGAAGUGUCGGGCAUUAACCAAGACAGAUUGGUGUUGGAGAUGGAACUGCAUCAGAGUUUUUUAAUGAGACAGACUAUUUUUGUUCUGCCUCACUUGUGCACUCAAGUUCCAUAGCUUCUGAAUAGAAGCCAAAUCAGUGGUCAUACCCGUUGUUGGACUUGGUCUCUGCUGUGCUAUCUGAGUUUCAAUGCUGAGGACCAUAAAGAGAACUGCAUCCCGCAUCCAACUGUAGAUUUUAUUGCAUGAGAGAGAAAACUGUCUGUGAGAGGCUGAAAAGCUGAUAGACAAGGACAUUGAAUGUCCAAUUUUCACAGGCCAUGAUAUCCUGCAAGCUGUAAAACCCUCCUCAGUGCCAAUUAUGGACAUGGCCUUCAAAUCUCAUAUGUCAAAAGGCUACAUAAAAGAAAAUGUCAAUAGAGACUUAUAUUAUAUAAACAC